AUGACGGCCAUCUCGAGAUCGCAGUACGAGGACUUCGCCCCCAAAUACGACCUCAUUGAAAACGCACCCUCCUACAAACUCGAAUAUCAACUCAUCAAAGCCGCGUUAGGUGACUGUACAGGCCUUAGUGUCCUCGAUCUUGGAGGAGGAAGCGGACUUCACGCUCGUCAGGCUAUUGAUGCUGGCGCAUCAAAAGUUGACGUCGUGGAUGUCUCGCCCUCUAUGCUGGAAAUUGGAAAAUCCAUCGAGGCUUCGCUCGGUCGUACAGAGAGCAUAGCCUGGCACAUUGCUGAUGUGUCGCGCGACAUUUCAUCGCAGGACAUCUCAACUUCGCUACUAGGACCCGGGGAAUAUGAUGUGGUAAUGGUAAAUUGGACUUUCGACCAUGCCGAGACGUUGGAUGAUUUGAGGGGGAUGUGGGCGAACGUCGCGCUUUAUCUCAAACCUUCUGGUCGCUUCAUUGGGGUGCGUACGUGUGGCAAGGGCUUACGGGCUGCAUACUCCCGAGGGGGUAAUGGCAAAUACGGCGUUACCUUGACAAACAUGGAGGAUAUUGCGAAUGGAGUUCGCUUCAAAGUGUCUUUUUUGGUGGCCGAUAAAGUCGUCGUGGAAUUGGAUGCCACGUCAAUGGAAGACAGCUAUGCCCUUGUGGAUGAGAUUCCAAGACAGCUAGGUAUUGUGGAUUUUGAGAUUGUACCAUAUGAGAAGAUGGCUAUAGUGAAAGCGGAUCAUGAGUACUGGAAGGAGUUUCUUGAUGAGCCUAACCUUGUUGUUGUGAAGGCGAGAAAGGGGUAA